AUGACCGACAAGCAGGAAUACGCUGCUGAAAAAGAAUUCGUCGACGAGAAGUUCGAUGUCGAGCGCUCGUCCGUCAUCCUCGAGGAAGAGGAGAACUCUCCCAUUCCCGAGGUCGCCGCCAUUGUCUCUAACAAGGAUGAUCCCACUCUCCCCGUCAUGACCUUCCGCUUCUGGCUCAUGGCCGUCCUCUUCUCCUGCCUCCUCUCCUUCUUCAACCAGUUCUUCUGGUUCCGUACCCAUCCUAUGACCAUCUCCACCCUGGUUAUCCAGUUGUUGUCCUACCCCUUCGGAAAGUUCUUGGCCCGUGUCCUCCCCUCCGGUCCCCUCAACCCCGGCCCCUUCAACAUCAAGGAGCACGUCUUGGUCGCUUUGUGUGCUAACUGCGCUGGUGGUACCGCCUACGCUGUCGAUAUCACCGUCAUCCAGAAGGUCUGGUACCUCCAGGACUACGGUUUCCUUGCCAACUUCCUCCUCAUUCUCAUGACUCAGAUGUUGGGUUACGGUAUGGCUGGUGUUCUCCGCAAGUACCUUGUCUACCCCGCUGCCAUGAUCUGGCCCGCCAACUUGGUCCAGGUCGCCUUGUUCAACACCCUCCACAAGGAUGAGGAUCUCCAGCCUGGCCAGUGGUCUCGCUUCAAGUUCUUCUGCAUUGCCACCGUUGGCAUGUUCUUGUACCAGUGGAUCCCUGGUUUCCUCUUCCCCGUCAUCUCUUCGAUUGCCUGGGUCUGCUGGAUCAACCCUAAGAACCACGUUCUCUCCCAGAUUGGUGGUGCCAACGGUCUCGGUGUCGGUGCCAUCUCCCUCGAUUGGAACAACAUUGUUGCCUUCUUGGGUUCUCCUUUGAUUGUCCCCUGGUGGGCUCAGGUCAACAUUGCCAUGGGUUUCUUCUUGAUCGCCUGGAUCAUGGUCCCCAUUGCCUACUACACCAACCUCUGGGAGGCCAAGCGUUUCCCUAUUCUUACCUCCAAACUCUUCACCACUGAGGGUGAUGCGUACAAGGUCAAGGACGUCAUGACCGGUGGCACCAUCGACAUGGACAAGUACCUCGUCCAGGGUCCCCUCCGUAUCUCGACCUUCUUCGCUCUUACCUACGGUAUUGGUUUCGCUGGUCUCUCCUCCAUGAUCACCCACACCUGGUUGUACCAUCGCCACAAGUUGGUUGCCCAGUGGAAGCAGUCUCGCACCCAGUCCGAGGAUAUCCAUCACAAGCUCAUGCAGGCCUACCCCGAGGUUCCCGACUGGUGGUACGCUGGCUUGUUCGUCUUCAUGACCGCUCUCGGCAUCUUCACCUGCGAGUACUACGGCUACAUGCCCUGGUGGGCUGUCCUCUUGGCCAUCCUCAUCUCGGUCACCUUCGCUCUUCCCGUCGGUCUCAUCCAGGCCUUGACUAACCAGCAGCCCGGACUUAACAUUAUCACCGAGUACGUCAUUGGUUACAUCCUCCCCGGUGAGCCCAUCCCCAACGUUACCUUCAAGACCCUCGGUUACAUCUCCAUGGCCCAGGCUAUGACUUUCACCUCGGAUCUCAAGCUCGGUCAUUACAUGAAGGUUCCCCCCAAGGCUAUGUUCUGGGCCCAGCUCCUCGGUACCUUCAUCGCUGGUCUCGUCAACUUGUUGACUGCCAACUGGCUCUUGAAGUCCCAGAAGGAUGUUUGCACCGCUGACAACAAGGAGUUCUCCUGCCCCUCGGCCAACACCUUCUUCUCUGCCUCGGUCAUUUGGGGUGUUAUUGCUCCCAACCUCAUGUUCGGUCCCACUUCGAUCUACAACGCCAUCAACUACUUCUUCUUGAUCGGUUUCAUCCUCCCCAUCCCCUUCUACUUCCUCAAGAAGGCCUUCCCCAACACCUGGAUGGACUUCAUUCACAUCCCCGUCUUGUUGGCUGCCACCGGUAUGAUGCCUCCCGCCCAGGCUUACCAUUACACCAACUGGUUGGCUGUUGGUUUCGCCUUCCAGUUCUUUGCUCGUCGCUACCACCCCGAGUGGCACUUGCGCUUCACCUAUGUCAUGUCCGCUGCCUUCGACUCUGGUGUCGCCUUCAUGGUUCUCCUCUCUUUCUUCAUCUUCACCCUCCGCGGUGCUAGUAUGGUUGAAUGGUGGGGCAACCCCGAGACCGAGAUCUGCCGUCUUGACAGUUACCCCUUGAUGGCACCCAGAGGCGGCAAGGUCGAUCCUUGGGCCCUUGACCCCUCCGCUGAGGAUGCUCCCAAGUACGUCUUCCCCAUGGCUUACACCCCUUUCCGCACCGACUUGCCCGCCUUGGCCUAA